AUGCCGAGCAAGAGUUCCCGAGGAGGUCCCGCGGGCGCGCGAGGGAUCGUGGCAAAGGCGCCCGGACAAGGCAAACUGUCGGGCAAAACCAUCCUGGGCGGCAGCCGGCGUCAUCGCAAGAUUCUGCGAGACAGCAUACAGGGAAUCACCAAGCCUGCCAUCCGGCGUAUGGCCCGACGCGGCGGCGUCAAGCGUAUCUCGGCGGGGAUAUACCCCGAAAUUCGCCUGGCCCUGAGAGAUCGCCUCGAGACGAUCUUGCGCACCUGCACCAUUUAUGUGGAGCACCGCGGCGCAAAGACCAUCACAACCACCGACGUACUUUACAGCUUGCGCAAACUGGGGAGGCCUAUCUACGGAUUCGACCCGGACACUUACGAUGGUCGCAAAAAGGCCCGUCGCGGCACGACAAAGUAG